AUGUAAACACUCUCCCUCUGCCUUUGUAACUUUAACCUAGAAUGUCGGUGACGACAGUCUCUUGCAUGGAGACCACAAAUGCUGGAAUAAAUCUGACAUUAUGACACCGGACACCUAGUGCGUCUGACGUCGCAGGGGUAAAUACUUAGAGUCACUAUAAAGCCCCGGGACCCCCUCAGGACUACAGUUGUUUACCCCUGAGCUCCGGACAGAGGAAACAUUUAAGAUCCUACACGAAGGACUUUUACGUCACGCCGUGAGGCAUGAGACUCCGGUUGUCUUUUGCGCUGUUACAUGCUGUUCGAGUGCAGGGGCUUUCAAAGAAGAGGUGCUACUGAAACAAGAGUGAUCUUGAUAUUUAAGAGACAAACCUGUACUUGAGCAACAUACUCACAUUCUGGAGCAAGCUCAUGAGAGGGAAUUACCGGAGGAACCAAUAAUUUUAACUGAGGUAUUGGUGGACUUGCCAAUGUGGUCACUCCAGUGACCUUUCAGGAAUUGCAGCAUAAUAUUCUGAGCAGAGACAAACAAGCGCAAAAGAAUGGCCGCAUUGGAAUUGCACUGUGGGCCGGAGCCCAGGAGUUGUGUGUGGGGCGGAGAGAGAGCUGACCUGCUUGAUAGUUUUGACUCCGAGAUGCAGGAAUGGGAAGAUCAGCUACAGGACAUGCAAAGGAAGAUUGAAGAGUUGUACAACGAGGUCAAAGCACGAAGAGAAGCCAGCGAAAGCAGCCCAAGCAAUGUCACAAACAACAAAAGCCUGGACAUUACUUUGCUUCCUGUCAACUCUCAGUAUAGACACCAGGCCAAUGGUUAUCACGAACCCCAUGGUCACCCCAACAACAACCUCCCAAUUCGCCAAUCCGAUGAAGUAAGAGCAGACCGUUCAGUUAUGCAAAGCCUUGGGUUUCACCACCCCAGUGAUUACUGUAAUGGCUCCAACAAUUACACACUUAAUUCCCUGAGCAACGGCAGCCAUUAUCCUGCCAGUUGUCAUGAUAUUGAAAGGCAAGAUGCCACCCUAGACAUCCUCAAUGGAUAUCUCCAACAGGGCCCGCAUUUUGGAAAGAACUUGGGGAAUCUUGGAAAUCCAAAUGCAAACCCUAAGGUAUAUCCAGUUACACACAGUUACCAAGAUAGCAUGAAGACUAGCCUGGUGACAAACAGGACUGCCUCAUGUGUAGUUCUGGAUGAGUUUGAGGAGGCUGAGAACCACAAGAACAAGAAGUCAACAAGUUGGGAUGACUCCCAAGCCCGCCAUGUUAGCUGGAAAGACCCAGUUUCGUCAAACGAGCUUCCCCCUAAAAAUUCAGCUUCCAAACUGGCAAUCAGACAGAGAGAUGCUUCUCCCGUAAGCCCUCGUUCCACUUACCAUGAGUCAUCACAACAAUCUGACAGGAAGUGCCUCUUGCUUGACAGGAAAUCUGGCAGCCCAUCAGUGUUGCGUAAGUUUGGUGCCAUGUUGCAGGAGAACGAGGGAAAAACCCUGAUAGAGGACGGUCUUGUGACCACCGUUGUCUCCACUGAAACCCCAAGGCACUCCAGCACUCCUAUUUGCCAGAGCAAGAUUGACGCCAAGCGGGCAUCCACACGUGCGCCCGUCAAGAAAUGCCUUGCAAACUGUGACGUACUGGUAACAGAACUGGAGUCCAGCCAGGAGCCUUGGGCAGCUGGUCCUUCUAGUGGGAGGGGUGGUAGUACUCUUGAACAGUAUGGUUUGGCAUAUAACUUAAGCCCAUCACAGUCUCACCUUAAAUCAAAGUAUCACAAGGCGCCUCCAGGGCCAAAAGCCCACAAAGCCGGCUUCCAGGGUGAGGACCUAUUGUCUGACUACCAGAUGGUGGAAAGGAUUCUGGCAGCAGGAACUCAAAACUUCAGUAAGACACACACAGGGCUUGGUGUUGAUAAGACAAGACAGGGAAAUGACAACUUGGAGCAACUUCUAGAAAUGAUGGAAAUAGAGAACAACAGAAGUCAGAGGGCCACAUUCACCCAGCAACUGGACACCAAGCAGGUCAACCACGAGUCAUCUGUUGCCCCAAGCAGUAGCAAUUUUUCCCGUCCUGCUAGACCAGCCAAUCAACGCCGUCCAUCCAGGUGGGCAAAGCAUACCCCCUCAAGCAAAAUCACCCACACAUCCUGCCAAUCAAGCCCUGGCCUUAAAGCCAAACAGUUCUUGAAUUCAUAUUCCCGGCACACAGAAACGGUGAUCAUGUGACCAGGAUAGAGCAACAUUGAAUGGACACAUAAAAGGACAUUUUCACCAAAUGGAAUAGACGAACCUUUGACCUUUUUUAGAACACCUUUUUUCUUUUUUGUACAUAACCACCACAGCUUCAAAGUAACUUAUUACAGCCUGCUAGGAUGGCCUAUGCUGUUUUCAUUCAACUCUACACUGUUGCUUUGGAAAGAAACUCGAGUGGAAAUUCUCUAACCUGGUGAACUUCUGUGCCUAGGAACCUUUCAUUGCCUUUUUCUCUUUGUUUCUUUGUCAUUCUCAUUACAUUUUUUAUUAUUUUACUUUUUUUUUUUCUAUUUUCCUGAGUGCUUUGUGUACGGUUCAGUUCUUUGGGUGCCAUCUAGGGCAUUUUUUGUAACCAUAUAAGCAUGUAUGCUACACGCAUAACAUAUUUAGGCAUACAUGGAGUUAUUGAGCCUUAUCUAUUAUGCAUUAUCUGUAAAGGCGUGCGCAAAUGUUUUGAUGUUCUGUCCAAGUCCAUUUCAGUGCUGCAUUAGUGCUUCAUAAUAUUGACAUACAGAGGUUGUAAUGGGCUCAUAAUCUUUUUGUAAGCCUUAUUUGAUUGUGCCUGACGUGGGCUGUAACUACGCGGUGCAUGGCACCUUUCUGCGGGAACAUGUCUGCAUUCUCCAGCCUUGUAAAAAAAAAAAACCUUUAAGUUCAACAUCUGUGAAAAGUAAAUUAUAUCUUUUGACCAUAUUAUAAUGAAGAAAUGCUUCGGAAUGUUUAUUUAAUGUUGUGAUAUGAUCCUUACAAAAACGUGAUGCUUUUUGUCUCUUUUUUUUUUUCUUUCUCUGUAUAAUAAACGCAAGUGCUUUGACGAGUCAGUGAAACGCUUGAA